UGCAGUACUAGGGCAAACUUAUACAAUCUGCGGCCAACUAACCCAUCCCUCUGCCUAAGCGACGAAGACGAUCCAGCUGCUUCUCCAGGCGACUUCGACGAAGGCGACGACCGCUACUUCUCCAGGUUAGCAGAAGAAGAAGAUGACGACGCUGCUACUCCCAGCGACAUCGACGAAGACGACGACCCUUGCUGCUCCAGGUUAAUCGACGAAGACGACGAGCCAUCGCUCCUGGUGACUUUGAUGAAGACGGCGACCGCUGUUGUCCAGUUUAACAGAAGAAGACUUCAACAAAUCAGCAGUUUUUUCUCUCAGUGCUCUUAGUCUAUUAUAACAAUGAUCAAUCAUGCCAUUGGAGAUGAGGGAGUAAUCAGCAAAGAAGGCUACUUUGUAGGUUGCUAUACUAGUCCGCAUAUAAAAACAAUUAGGGAACGUAUAACCUUGGGAAGACAUGGCGAACCAGUAUCUGCAGAGGUAUUGAAUCACCACUUCCAAAGAGUGAGGAGAGAUCUUGAGAGAGCGGUGGAACUUGAAAACAGACGACUUUGUCAUUUUGAGAUUCUCACCGCUAUUGCUUUCAGCCUAUUUUCUUAAGAGAAUGUAGAAAUUGCAGUUGUGGAGGCUUGAUUGGGUGGUGCACGAGAUGCUACAAAUGUAAUCAGCGCCUCUAAUAUUGCGGCAUCAAUCAUAACGACAAUUGGCGAGGAACACCUGGACGCUUUAGGGGGUUCUUUAGAAAGUAUUGCACUUUCAAAAUCUGGAAUAAUCAAAGGUGGCCAUCUAGUUAGGUGGCUCAUUCCUUCCACACAUUGAGCGAAUUCUCCGUGAUAAAGCAGAAUGUGUUUCUUCACCUGUGGUUUCGGCUUCUGAUGGGGGAAAUAAGAGUUCUCUCAAAGGCUUCCAGCAAAUAUGUGGCAUAUCAUACCAAGUUCGUGACGUUGUGCUUCAGAUUGAUAGAGACCUUUUGCUGUCAAUAGCGUUAUUUAAUGUGAGGCUACGCAUGCUUGGGUCCCACCAGCUUAGGAAUGCAACAACAGCUGUAUAACUUCAUUUGCUGCAAUCUGAAUCCUCUUGUUUGUGAUAUGUUUGGAUCCCGGAUUAUGAUUUGGAAAGGAAAUAAGUGUUAGGGUCUGCUUGGAACUCGGGGAGUGUUAGAAAAGAAAACAGGUCACAUUUGAUUUCCUUGGAAUGCUGCAACAUCCAAACAUAUUCUUAGGAUAUAUUUCGACUUGGGAAAUUGGAAAAGUGCCAAGGAAAGUUAUUACUUAUGUUUGGAGCUUUGGCUUAACCUUGAAAAAAAAAUCUUUUUUUUUGGAUUGGCAUUUUAGGAUGGAGGUUGUCUGAUGCAUCUAUUCAUGCUGGUCUAGAAAGUGCAGUUUUGCUGGGCAGAACUCAAGGUAUUACGAGAGAAGAAGAAAAAUCAGCUCCUAUCAAGGAGAUGGCUCCAGGUGUGCAUAGAGAUUUUGGUUGGUAGAGGUCUUGAACUAUAGUAAUAAUGAGAAACUCUACUAAAAACGUAAUUCAUUUAUUUAGGAAAUAGACUCUUACUGGCUUGAAAUACUAAAAAAAGUAAAACCGCCAAUAUUAGUUUGUAUAAUCUAUUGUAAAACACAUUCAGCAGUAUAAGUUUAACAUGUAUUAAAUUUAGAAUUUUAGAGAACAGAUUGAAUGUAAAGCAUUUAUUGAGGACUUUCUUAUUAAUGCUAAAUAUGUUCAUCACAAAAAGAAAAAAAUGAAAAAGGUGAGUUCUCCCUAGAUAAUAAACCUUAUAUACCCUUGGGUAAGAUAUGCAGAACCAAUAUAUUCAUUUUUUUCAUGUUAAUAUCUAUCUUUAGCAUGUUAUUUCUAUCCAAAACUUACAAGCCAAAUGGAUACUUUUAAAUCUUAAUCAUUAGACAAUCAGACAAUUGAACAAUUAGUGCUUGUAUUGUAUUGUAUUAUUAUAAGUAUAUAAUGGUGGGGUUUUUACUUGAAUGUUGUGGCAUCUGAUUUUGGUGCUAAUAAAUAAAAUGAGUUAAUCUCUGGUUUUGUUAAGAGGAUAAAUAAAACCAGUCCCUCUGGUUUUAAUAUUUAACAAAGCUGAAUUUGCUACUUAUUUAUUAUGCAGGAGUUAUGCAGGUAUUGAUAUCUUUUAUAUUAGUGCAAUGACAUACAUAUUGAUUUGGAUUUUCAAUGGUAAAUAGAAGGUUUUGAGUUGCAGCUAUUAUGUUGAUUCAUACUACGUACUGUAUUAGUUAGUGAUAACUUUUUGUUUGUGUUUAUAUUUGUAAUUGUAGUACUUUGAUAUAUUUUCCUUAUGCUUGCAUUUAUGUAUUUUAAGGAUGCUUACUUUGAUUAUUCAUAUUGCAGGUAUUCAAUAUUUAUGCAAUAUGGUAUCAACAAGAUGCAAGAGGAUUUGACAUUGUUUUUCAGUGACAAGCAUUUCAUAGUAAUUUUAUUGGAUGUUACUAGUAUGUCUUAAAAUCGUAUGUAAUUUUGGUUAAAUAUUGUUGAUAUAAUACAAUACUAUGUAGGUGGAAAUAUUGUAAUUUCAGUAAGUAUGAUUAAUAGUAUGUGA